AUGCCGCGCGGGACUCGUCUCGUCUCCCUGGCUCUCGGCCUACUGGCUGCCCUGCUGGCUGCUCUGGCCGGCCCGGUGGCGAUGGUGGCCGCGGCGCCUCACCGCGAUGUCGAUGUCUCAGCAAGCGCAGUCGGAUCGGCACACGCCGCGGCCGACUCGGCUUACUCCUUCUUCACAACCAAUGCCGGGGCCGCGGCUGCCGGUGACCGUGGUGACGGCCACUCCAACAACUGGCUCGUGCUGUUCGCCAGCCUCCUGCCGAGCGAGAUCAUGUCACAUCCCGUCUACCGGGCGGACUUGCUGCGCAUCUCGGCGACCAGCGCCCAGUCCGACAACGCAUGGAUGUGCCCCAGCUUCCGGCCCUCGAAUGUCGAGUACUUCAUGUCGCCGGCCGACGAUCCAAGCCAUGCAGUCCGGCCGAGUGGCGAUGCCAUGGCCCUGGCCUCCCUUCGACAGGAGCCGAUCGAUGCGUACUUCAGCGCCCGGCAGCGAGCCCGUGCCGCCGGCACCGUCCGUACAGAUAUACUACCGGGAACAGGGCCCGCGAAGCCCGUCGACCAUGUCGCCGAAAAGGACCCCCCCCCGUCGGUGGAUCGUAUCCCGACAACCGUGUUUGGCGAUGCUCGGCCGGUGCGACUGCGGUCAAUCAGGCUGUAG